GCAACCCCGACAAAACAAGCAACUAUUUACUCCGUACUGAGGAAUUCAUGAGCUUACGCAUUGCAACACAACUAUCAUCGGAAACUACUUCACUAAUAAUAUCUCAAGCUUCGCAAAUAGUUGAGCUGGCAAAGCCCGCGCUUUCAGAAAAUGAAAGUUAAGAUCAGAACGUGGAAUGCCGUCGCUACUUGGAGGUGGGAUCUUGAUGAGGAUGAUGUCUGUGGUAUUUGUCAGGUACAUUUCGAUGGGACAUGUCCUACUUGCAAAUAUCCUGGCGAUGACUGUAGUUUGUGUACGAUUUUUCUCAUUCUUCACAGUGUUGCAUUCACGAUCUUGCAGUACAGCUACUUAUGAGUCGAAAAUAGUAUCAGGGAAAUGCGGGCACAAUUUCCAUAUGGUUAGUUUCGACAUCACACUGAUUGACGAAACAAACAUUGACAAAGAUUCAGCAUUGCAUAGUAGAGUGGAUUAAACAGGAUUCUUCUAAAGGACAAUGUCCCAUGUGCAGACAGAGUAAGAUCAUUUGAGAGUCGAGGAGAUCAUCGCAAAAGAUAUUGACUGAUUGUGCAGAAUUCGAGUGGACCGACAAUACGACGGCACCAGAGCCGGUUCAAUCUUCAUGAUCAAAAAUGCCCUUGUAUGGGAGCGAAAACAUACGACUUCCGAGUCACUACUACCAAGAAUAGGGGAUUAUUCUAUGUUAUACGGCGUUGGUCAUGUAAAUAAAAAGCAAGUUGGGCAGGCGUUGGACGGUGAUAUUUGAUACCCUCGGAUUAUACGCAGAAUACAUGAAUUUUUGGUCGCAAUGUGCGGAGCCUUAGAUCGAAUUUUAAUGUCUUAUCGGAAUAUGAAUACACUCGAA